AUGUUACUUCACACACAAGUAACUAUCAAGAACUCCAACUUUGGUCAUUAUAAGUUCGAUAACAGUACAAUUGUUUUAACCUAUAGAGGAACUCAUGUGGGUGAAGUAGGGUUUGGGAAUGGGUACGUAAAAGCUCGAUCAGUGAAGAAGAUUGAUAUGGUUGUGGCGGUGGCCGUGGGUUUAAAAACUUGGUCGGAUCAUGGUGGUCCGGGGAAGAUUACAUUGGCGGCCAAAGCACAGGUGACCGGAAAAGUACAUAUACUGAAAGUCAUCAGAAGGAGGAAAUUGGCGGAGAUGAAUUGCAGCAUGGAUGUUGAUAUAAAAACUCAAGCCAUUGAUAACUUGCAUUGCUGGUAA